UGCGUCGGAGGCGGUGGUUUAGGGGGCCGAGAAUUCUGCCAGCCAUACACGUGGUACCGAAUAGCGAGGCGGGCUCAAGGCCAAAAAACUUGGGAGGUUUGCAGAACCUAGAGGAAUCCCUUAGGAUGAAGCUGAGUCUUACCAAAGUAGUUAAUGGCUGCCGCCUAGGAACAAUAAAAAACCUGGGCAAAACAAAGGACCGCACCGUGGACAUUCCAGGCUGCCUGCUAUACACCAAGACUGGCUCUGCCCCACACCUGACCCAUCACACACUGCAUAAGGUGCAUGGGGUUCCUGCUGUGGUGCAGCUUACACUGUCAUCGCUGGCAGAACAUCAUGAAGUCUUGGAAGAAUAUAAGGAAGGAAUUGGAAAAUUUAUAGGCAUGCCAGAAUCGCUCCUGUAUUGCUCCCUGCAUGACCCAGUCAGCCCUUGCCCAGCUGGGUAUGUAACAAACAAGUCUGUGUCCGUGUGGGGUGUUGGAGGAAGAGUGGAGAUGACUGUUUCCAAGUUCAUGGCAAUUCAGCAGGCCCUUCAGCCAGACUGGUUCCAGUGCCUCUCAGAUGGAGAGACGUCUUCCGUGGAAGCAAAUUCCAUAAAACGAGCCAGAAAAUCUGUUGACCGAUCACUUCUAUUCCUGGAUAACUGUCUGCGGUUACAGGGAGAGUCAGAGGCCCUUCAGAAAAGUGCUAUCAUUGGAGUGAUUGAAGGGGGAGACGUGACAGAGGAGAGGCUAAGGUCAGCCCGAGAGACAGCCAAGCGGCCUGUGGGUGGCUUCCUUCUGGAUGGCUUUCAAGGGAAUCCAGCGACCCUGGAAUCAAGACUGCACUUGCUGUCAUCAGUCACUGCAGAGCUGCCGGAGGACAAACCAAGGAUCAUCUGUGGCAUUAGCCGGCCAGAUGAGGUGCUCGAGUGCAUUGAAAGAGGAGUGGACUUAUUUGAGAGUUUUUUCCCUUAUCAAGUGACAGAGCGGGGAUGUGCCUUGACUUUCAGCUUUGAUUACCAGCCAAAUCCUGAAGAGAAACUAUUACAACAAAAUGGGACACAGGAAGAAAUAAAAUAUGUGGAUCAAACAAAGAAAAUUAAAACAACCAGUUGCAGCCAAGAAAUGACAUCAUUUGAAAUUAAUCUGAAGGAAAAAAGGUACCGGGAAGACUUUGAUCCACUUGUGAGAGGGUGUGCCUGUUACUGCUGUAAGAAUCAUACUCGCGCGUACAUACACCACCUGCUGGUGACCAAUGAGCUGUUGGCUGGGGUCCUGCUUAUGAUGCACAACUUUGAACACUACUUUGGAUUUUUCCUCUCCAUCCGGGAAGCACUGAAAAGUGACAAACUGGCACAGUUGAAAGAGGUCAUCCACAGGCAGGUGUCAUGAGACCUGGCACACGGCCAUCUGACUCUUCACCUGGAGCCCGUACAAUUGUCAGAAUGUGGGAAAAGGAGAAGAAACGAUUUUUGUUUUAGUCAUUGAUAUUUAAGAAUAAGGUCUAUACAAACAAGGAACUGUGCAAGUGAUGCUAAGGAGAUUUCUUCUGGAGACUUAAAACCUGUAUUGAUCAGGAAAAUUGAACCGUGACCUUUAAUAUUGCUAUGGUAACUCCUUUAGUCAACGUUGAAAGCUUUCAAUGUGAAGAGACAACCUUGAAGUAGAGGUGAUGAGAAUUUGAGGGUUCACUGAAUUGGAUUCCUUCUUGAAGGGAGAUGAUUGGUUGUGAGUAACGUGACCUCUGGACACGUACCUGUUGACUGGAGAAGGAAUUGACUGAUGCAAGAGUUUGAUUUUAAUCAUUGUGUUCUCAGGGGCCACUUUCAGACCCUUUUGCCUUCUAGGCUGCCCGGCAGUGCAUUUGGUCAGAGAGGCUCUGUGAUUGCCCCAGUCUGGCCUCUCUGUGGAAUGUGGGGCUCCCACUUGGCCCUGUGGUCAGCUGGCCCAGGGCAUACUCCCUGCAUUUGACCACAUGGUCUAUUUGUGACCUUUCCCCUAGGAGUCAAUGCAAUUAAUGGCCUUUUAGGAACCAAAAGUUUGCCUAGCUGCUUUCGUUUGGUUUUACAGAUCCACUCUUGUCUGCCCUCAGGCUCAUUAACAGUAACCACAUAGUAACUGUAGCCCUGUCACUUGGGGAGAUUCCUUCACCAUGUGCUCCCUUGGACAGAGCCGUGGUCUGCCAGUUAGGAGAUUAGGUGUCGUUCUGCACAUCACUUGCCCUCUCCCUGAGUGUUUCCUCCUGGAUAAACAGAGACAGGCGUGGUGGAUAGGCCUAAAUGAACUUGUAAGAUUCCAUCCAGCUCUAAUUUGGGAACAAAAAUUUGUUCAGGGUCUUAGCCUUACAUGUGUCCUUGUUUAUUGAUAACUAUUGGCCUGAUAAAAAAAAUGCAGUGGAACUGGGAGUCAGGCAACAGUAGAGAUAUUUGAGAGCCUAAAAAGAAGUUUGGCCUGUGGAUUUUGCAACUGUUGGGUGAACUGGCAUCAGCGUUCCUGAGGCUGGGAAGAGCUUCUCAGAUCAUUUCUGGUUCUGAGUUUUUCUACUCUCACCAAAGUGACAUUUGUGUUGGUGGCAUGACAGGUGAUUUUUUUCUGUGUGUUUUUCUAUAUUUGUCAAAUUUUCUGUAAGGGUACACAGACACGCAUGUGUACACACAUAGUUUUUAUAAAAACAACAACAGGACCAAAAAGAUGCCAGUAUUUUGAUGGUAAGAAUGUGAAUGAUAUUUGUUUUACAUUCUUGUGCUAUAUUUUGCUGUUUGUUCUUUUUAGUGGGCAUUAGUGAACAUUGUUUUUAAUUAUUAUGUGGUUACUGUAUUUUUAUCUGUUGGGUGCCCAUCUAGAUGGUCUUCUUUUAUUAAUAGUUAUAGCAAUAAGAUACAUAUAACCUUUCCUCUGUGAAUGGUAAGUGUACUUGUGAAAGACAGAGUUUCUGUUCUCAAGGAUCUGACUGUUUUGAAAUAUACUGGAUUGGGCUUGUUUAUAUGUUUAUAUUCCUGUUGAAUGUCAAACCCAUUGGUGGAGGACUACUAGUAAAUAUCCUAGAGUCCAGAUAAAAUUUAUGAGUUUUAUCUGUGUUCAAAACAUAGAAUAUUCUUCCCAGCAUCAUCCAUUUUUCCUAUUAGUACAUUCUGGAAUAAGGUCAUUUUCUUAUUAGCACAUUUGAAAAAAUGUUUCUUUUCUUUAAUGCAAAUAUAUCAAAAUCAAUAGCCAAUAAACGUUUUUAAUUAAAAAAA